CACAGCAUCAAUACGCGCCGCAGCAACCGCCACCAAAGCAUCAAUAUGCGCCGCAGCAACCACCGCAGCAGCAUCAAUAUGCGCCGCAGCAACCGCAGCAGCAGUAUCAGUACGUGCCGCAGCAACCGCCACCACAGUAUCAAUAUGCGCCGCAACCGCAGCAGCAGCAGCAAUACGUGCCGCAGCAACCGCAGCAGCAGCAGCAAUACGCGCCACAGCAGCCGCCCCAACAUCCGUCGUACCAGCAACACCAGCAGCCACCGGCGCAGCAGUACGCACCGCCCGCUCCGCAAUCGGUGCAACAGUACGCGUCGGUGCGUCAUGAUGCGCCUACUCCGCAACCUCAGGUCCAGCGACGCGCCGAGGCGGAAGUAGAGUAUACGACAUCUCCGUCCAACGUCAAGGAACGAGCCGCCGCUUUCGGUCAAGUCACCAUCAAGCCAAAAUCGGCGUCUCCGGCCGCGAACCCGAGCGUGCAGACGUAUUCGAACACCGGUACGUCGACGACGAGCGCGAGCGCACACGCGCUCGCGCAAAUCAUGCGGCAAGAGCGUCCUGAGCAGAGCAAAAAGGCGGAGACUCCCGAAGAGCUCAAGCGCAAGAUUGAAAUCUUGCAGCGUCUCGCGCGAUCGAGGGGCAUUAACUUGUAA